CGGCGGUGACGCGCGGGGGCCACCUCCAUUUUGCAGCGCAGCGGCGGGGCGGCGCAGCAGUCAGGAGUUGGCCGUUACAGAGGGAGGACGGAGCUGCCCGCCAGCCGAGCGCCGACUGCUCCAAGCGCCCGCCCGGCUCGGCCCGCACCGAGACCCGCAGCCCAGCGAGCCCCGUGCCCACAGCCAUGAGCGGCUGCCGCGUCUUCAUCGGGAGGCUGAACCCGGCCGCCAGGGAGAAGGACGUGGAGAGGUUCUUCAAGGGAUACGGCCGCAUCCGGGACAUCGAUCUGAAGAGGGGGUUUGGGUUUGUGGAGUUUGAGGAUCCGAGGGAUGCAGAUGAUGCUGUCUAUGAACUGGAUGGAAAAGAGCUUUGCAGUGAGAGGGUUACAAUUGAGCAUGCAAGAGCACGCUCUAGGGGUAGAGGCAGAGGGAGGUACUCUGACCGUUUUAGUAGCCGCCGACCGCGUAGUGACAGGAGAAAUGCCCCACCUGUAAGAACAGAAAAUCGCCUCAUAGUAGAAAAUUUGUCUUCCCGAGUCAGCUGGCAGGAUCUCAAAGACUUCAUGAGACAAGCUGGGGAAGUAACCUUUGCAGAUGCACACAGACCUAAGUUAAAUGAAGGGGUGGUUGAAUUCGCCUCUUACAGUGAUUUAAAGAAUGCUAUUGAAAAACUUUCUGGUAAAGAAAUUAAUGGAAGGAAAAUCAAACUAAUUGAAGGCAGCAAAAGGCACAGUAGGUCCAGAAGCAGGUCACGGUCUCGUAGCAGAAGCUCGUCCAGGUCUCGUAGCCGUUCCCGUUCCCGCAGCCGCAAGUCUUACAGCAGGUCAAGGAGUAGGAGCCGUAGCAAGUCUCGAUCAGUUAGUAGAUCUCCAAUGCCAGAGAAGAGCCAGAAACGUGGUUCUUCCAGUAGAUCGAAAUCCCCAUCAUCUGUGGAUCGGCAGAGGUCUAGAUCGAGGUCGAGAUCUGUUGACAGUGGCAACUGAACUAUAAGUAACUUGCCCUGGGGGCCCUUUUUUAAACCAUACUUGCUAAUACUUGUGGUAAGUAUGUGACUUUCUGUGGGGAAGGGUUUGGAUGGGGAGGGGGGAGGGAUGGGGAAACUUUGUAGAUGUGGACCAUGGUGGGAAGGGUUAUUGACUAAUUGUAUUAAAUGUUUUUUGAUAACCCUUUUCUUGCUCACAUUUUUUGUGAAUGUCUGAAGUGUAUAGUUUGUGUAUAUUGGCAGAGCUCUUUAUAACUAAAGCAGACAACUUACACUUUUUUGUACUCCAAAAAAAAGGUCAUCCAAACACUUAAUUCCCAGUAUAUUCAACUGUGAAUAGCAACUCAGACCAUCAGUUUAAUAUCUCAAAUUAAACUAAUAGCUUUAGGCAUCUAAGAGCUCUACAUGCGCUGUACAUAAAGCUUUAUUUCAGAGGGUAUUUUUUUUUGUGCUUUUGAACCAUUGUUUCAGUUAUAGGUCAGCAGAUUAAGUGCUGGUCAGUACUGGUAAUAAAACUUUAUUUUAAAAGCUUUUCAUUUAAUAUGACUUGCACUACACUAAGAAAAUGCCCAUUUCACUGCCCUGUGGUAAUAAUACUCUAUAAAGCACCCUAAUUCUUGAUACUUAAGAAUUAAAUAGCUCAAAUAAAGUAUAAAGAAAC